AUGGAUCGUAGUUGGAUGAAAGCUAAUCGUUUAGGUGCAGAAUACGAUAAAGGAAUGGAAGCAUUUUUUCAAUAUGCUCGUGAAAAACUUCCUAAUAAUAAUAAGUUUUAUUGUCCAUGUGUUAAUUGUUUGAAUAGAGAGCUGCCACUUUUAAUAGAUGAAAUAAGAAAUCAUCUUGUUGUGAGGGCAUUUGCCAAAGUUAUACCAAUUGGAUCCGGGUUUCACUCAUAG